GCUUGCUUGCUGUCCGUGACUCGAAACACAAACGGCUUUCCCAAAAUUUGAACGCCGCCGCCCAAAUUUCCCCAUUUCCCCAGACUCCCGACUCCCGAGUCACCAACAGUCGAAGAAGGGCAAUGGCCGAGGCGAAUCCGUACGAGGAGCAGCGCCGGAGGCAGGUGGAGGAGAACAAGAGCAAGCUGGAGGAGCUGCGGCUGCACCGCCUCUCUGCGGCCGUACGCGUCGCCGCCGUCAAGCCCAUGCCGAAAGUGACGAUUAGGCCGAGGAAUCAUCGCCCGCCGCCGGACGUGAUCCGGCGGUCUGCCCGCAUCGCUCGCCUCGACAAGCAGCCGUAUUUCCGCAUCACAAAGGCACAUCGUGAUAAAAAGGCAGAAUUGCCUCGUCCGGUGUACGCGACCAACGAGGAGAGAGCCUACGCCAUCGCCAAGGCCCAAGAGCUCAAGGACCAGCUGGACUCCCACUACCCUGCCUUUCUCAGACCCUUGAGCCUGUCUUAUGCCGCAGGAAGCUGGCUGUCCAUACCGCUGCAGUUCAGCAAGAGGUAUCUCCCGCGGUGCGACGAGAUGAUCUUACUGGUGGACGAGGAAGGUGCCGAGUUUCAGGUGCUUUACCGUGCGCACAGUAGUGCUCUCUCCGCCACUGGUUGGAAACCAUUCGCCAGCGCUCACAAGCUGGCUGAUGGUGACUGCUUGCUGUUCCAGCAGGUUGAGAGGAUAAAGUUCAAGGUCUACAUAAUUACAGCAAGUUCUUACCACGAAACGGACCACUGAAGAUGCCUUGAGCUUCAAUUAUUGCCAAUGCAGCAGCUUUGCAGGUGUUCUAGUGAUUUAUAUCUAUAUCUACCUAAACUGGAGACAUCAAGUUUGCUAAUGGAUAGCAUUUGGAAUAUUAACGUAAUAUGCUCUCCUAGCUGUUAUGGUCCUGUCUAGUGAUUUAUAUCUACCUAAACUGGAGACAUCAAGUUUGCUAAUGGAUAGCAUUUGGAAUAUUAACGUAAUAUGCUCUCCUAGCUGUUAUGGUCCUGUCUAGUGAUUUAUAUCUACCUAAACUGGAGACAUCAAGUUUGCUAAUGGAUAGCAUUUGGAAUAUUAACGUAAUAUGCUCUCCUAGCUGUCUAUGGACCUGUCUUGAACGUAUGAACUUUUGAAAGGGAUCA